CGAAUACGCUUUGAUUCUUCAUAAUCAACCUCAAAUGGUGUUUGCUCAUGUUUUUCUUUUUAUUAAAAAUUUAUUAUUGGUUAAUUUAUAAAAUUUGUAUUGUUUAGAAUUGACUUUUUAUAACAUUUUUUAUACAUUCGGCCAUGUCAAGAGCAACAAAAAGGAAGCAUGUACUUUUGGAAGUAUUCAAAGACGAUUAUUCGCCCCCAACAAAAAAUCAACAAAUAGUUAAAGUACUUAAGAGUAGAGGCAACAAUUUACACGAAGUUGAGGCUGCCGACAAGUCUGUUUUCCUCGCAUCUAUGCCUACGAAAUUUAGGAAGAAUAUGUGGGUAAAAAGGGGCGACUUUGUGAUUACAGAACCAAUAGAAGAAGGGUGCAAAGUGAAAGGGGAAAUCGUUAGAAUUUUAACGCCGCAGCAUAUCAAGUACUUCAAAAACGAUAAUGUGUGGCCGAAGGAAUUUAGCGAAGAGGAAGAGAAAAAAGUUGAAAAUGAUGAUGAUGAUGAUAUAUUUGUUAAUCCAAAUAGGCCUGUUGUGGAUACAGACGAGAGCAGUGAUGAACAAGAAUCUAGUGAAGAAAGUGAUUGAAUACUAUGUAAAAUAAAAAAUUAAUAAGUCCAUAAUUAUUAUUUAUUUUUUAUAAUAGAUAAAAUAAUAUACGUAUUAUUAUAUUUUCGUAUUUU